GCAGCCUUUAAGGCUUGUCUAUUUAGCCUAUCAAGCAUAACAAAUUCAAAAACUUUUUGGACCAGGUGCGGUGGCUCACACCUGUAAUCCCAGCACUUUGGGAGGCUGAGGUGGGCGGAUCACUUGAGGUCAGGAGUUUGAGACCAGCCUGGCCAGCAUGGCAAAACCCCGUCUGUACUAAAAAGACAAAAAUUAGCUGGGUAUGGUGGCACUUGCUGUAAUCCCAGCUACUUAGAAGAAGCUGAGGCAGGAGAAUCGCUGGAACCUGGGAGCCGAGAUUGCACCAUUGCACUCCAGCCUGGGCAACAGAGUGAGACUCCAUCUCAAAAAAAAAAAAAGAACUAAAAAAAAAAAAACUUUUUGGGCCAGGCAUGGUGGCCCACACCCGUAAUUCCAGCACUUUGGGAGGCCGAGGCAGGCGGAUCACGAGGUCAGGAGAUGGAGACCAUCCUGGCUAACAUGGUGAAACCCUAUCUCUACUAAAAAAAAUACAAAAAAAAUUAGCCGGGCCUGGUGGCCAGCGCCUGUAGUCCCAGCUACUCGGGAGGUUGAAGCAGGAGAAUGGCGCGUGAACCUGGGAGGCUGAGCUUGCGGUGAGUGGAGAUCGCACCACUGCACUCCAGCCCGGACGACAGAGCGAGGCUCCGUCUCAAAAAAAAAAAAAAAACCUUUUUGACUCAUUAGAGAAUAAAUGUAGGUUAAUUGUAGAUCAUUUAGAUAUUAUGAAAGCAUAAAGUGAAAAGUAUCAUUAAGAAUCCUUUUAAGAUGGGUGAGCUUUUACGUGCAAUUUUGUGUCACACUUUUUUUACUUAAUUUAUCUCAUGUAUUUUCUAUUACAUUAAAAUCUUCCUUAUUAAUGGCUUCAUAAAAUCCAUUGUAUGGCCACAUUAUGAUUUACCCAACCAUUUCUCUUAUAUUGUCUAUCUUUUUUUGGUCUCCUAAUUCUUGCUGUUAUAAGUAACCCUGUGAUGGGUAUUAUCUGCAUAAAACUUUGUUUGCAUUUUUAUUAUCCCUGAGUACAUAUGGAUUCCAUGAAAUAAAAUUCAUGUGUCACAGCAGGAGUGAACAUAUUCGAGUAUCUCAGUGCCUGUAACCAAAUAACUUUGCAGAAAAGCUGUACCAGCUACACUUAACACCUGCAGUGUAUGAGCAUGCCCGUGUGAUGGCCACCUAAACAGCAUGGAGUACCCCUGUUGUGUUUGCUGGCCAGGCGUGGUGGCUCACAUCUGUAAUUCCAGCACUUUAGGAGGCCAAAGCAGGCGGAGCACCUGAGGUCAGAAGUUCAAGACCAGCCUGACCAACAUGAUGAGACCCUGUCUCUACUGAAAUUACAAAAAUUAGCUGGGCAUGGUGGUAGGCUCCUGCAAUCCCAGCUACUUGGGAGGCUGAGGCAGGAGAACCGCUUGAACCCGGGAGGCAGAAGUUGCAGUGUGAGAUCACACCAUUCCACUCCAGCUUGGGUGACAGAGUGAGACUCUGUCUCAAAAAUAAAAAAUAAAAAUAAAAAAUGCUAAUUUACCAAGUGAAAAAUAAUCAGGAAGUUUUUUUUGACUGAAUAAUAAAUAGUGAGAGAGAGGACUAUGAGUUAAGUACCAUUCUAUCAUUGUUUUAUUAGUAAUAUAACUGUUACAAUUGUGAUCAAAUUUUUUUUAUUAAAAGUCACUUUUUGAAGUCAACUUACCCCCAAAAAAGUGUAUUUUUUCCCCCAAUACAUGGGGAAUUUAAUUUUUUUAUGUCAUUUUGAAAAAUCAAUGCCAAGAGAUAAUACCACAUUGAGAUUUUUGACCAAAUGUUGCUAGCAUAAAUUGCCCUGGUUCAAGACCUCCACUCCUUGGUUCUUGGUCCCUUCAGUUUGUGGUAUGAAUAAACAUCAUUUGUAAUUAUUUGCCUAAGUCAUUUAAAAUCCCUAUUCUUCAGUUUAAUAUACUGUUUUGCUCCUCCUUUCUCAUUGAGGUAUUGUAUGAAUUUAAGGGCCAUGUGAAGUAUUUAUCCCUUCUUAAAAGAUAGGCACAGGAUAUAGACUCGGUAAUAAAAUGUGGUUUGGGUUUCUAGUAUUUUUUUAUGCUUCCAGGUACCCAGAACCGCAAAUUGUACUUUGAGCUCCUCAGAAGAAAGGUGCUCCAGGCAUCUGAGAGAAUACCAUUGGGGUGAUACUUACAAAUUUGUAAGCUAACACUGAAAUCUUAAAACUUUCGAAAAUAUUAAUGCAUUUGUAUGGCUUAUUUUUCAACUGAGUAUGUCAAAGCACUUUAUAAACAAGUGUUGUCCCUAGUUUGUACUGAUGGGGAAACUGAGGCAUGGGGUGAUAAGAUGACUGGCCCAAGGUUACAAAAUGAGUUAUUGACAGCUCCGGAAAUAGAAGAUUUUUAAAAUUCAUAUAUUAGAUACAUGUGGGCAUUGGCAUUCGAAGCUUCCCUCAUGCUAUUUCCUUUAGUCCUGUUCUUUGGGAACUUGCCUCCGAGGCUGAGAGGGUAGUUCAGGUUUCCGGGCUUGUUCAGCCUUUAGUCUCUGUAGAGGCUUCCAGCAAGCUGACAAGUUACUGCCAAAAGUGAGACAUGGUAUUUUUUAUGGUGUUGUCCUUAGUUGGAGAUUGCUAGUGAUUCUCCUCCUCAGGCUACUUUUUGAAAAGCUAUAAGGUGGUAUCAGCUUUAUUGUGGUUGGCUGAGGAAGGAUUUGUACAAGUAAAUGUUCUCUGCCCUAUUGUCAUUCCUAGGGCCAUCUGGUCUUGCAGUAUCCUGAAGGUGAGGGAUUAGAUUAUGCUCUGAAUUUGUAUGCCCAUAGUUUGAGGAAAUGUUUUACUUGACUUUUCUGUGUGUUGAGAUGAAAGUCUCCCAGGCUAAAGAUUUCUGAACUGCACACAAUGCCUGAAGAAGCACUUGAAAGGCACUUUAUUUCUCCCAGGUCCCCAACCAUGGGUUUAGGUUUUUAUGCCAGAAAGGAGACCUUCAUGAACAAAGACCCCCAAGACCUAGAGAGAAGAAGAAGUCUGAAAGAGGGAGGUUUGAAUUCAGCCUUCAGGAAUGAAGAGGGCAGACAGAGCAGGAGGCUCAGGCAGGGGAGUCAGGAACCACAGACCAGAAGCAUGGGCUUGGAAAGGUUUUCAUGUAAUUGAAAUGAAGCUAUUGAUUCAUCCAUUUUAAAAGAAUUUGAAAAAUUCAUUAAAAUACUUAAUUAGUGGCAUCCACUAAUUAAUAAAAGCAUAGGGAGUGGCAUCUUUAACCAAAAAUGAAAAUGAAGAAACAGACUCCAGCCCAGGGACCAGGGGCGUUUAUGAGGGACAUGGUGCCUCAUACAGCCAAGAUGAUCCAAGAGGCAUCAUCUUUAUGAAGCUUUAACACCUGGCAGCCUGCUCAUUGUGUUGUUUAAGAGUCUGUUAUGUUCUGAACCCACACAUGUUUUCGGAAGGACCAGAUGGCUGACACUGGCUAAUGGGAACCAAAAGACGAGUGAAAGUAACCUGGUUGUCACAUACCCCCAGCUUAGAGGUGCUUCACCCUGCCCCAAGGUGGGGAAAGAUCAAGUGCAGACUGAGCUGUGGCCAACGUUUGCAGACCAGGAAUCCACACUAGCUCUAAUCAGAGAGCCCUUGGUGUGCGGGAACUGCCAGUUUGCCGACGUGAAAAGAGUCCCAGACUGGGUAAUGGUGAGCCCUGAAGUCGCACCCCAGCUCUGCCACUCAGUGAGCACGGCAACAUCCCUAAUCCUGACCAGCCAUGGAGAGGUUCGGUUCUUACAAGGAAAAUGAGUGAAUGUGGGAAUGGCUCACCACAUUGUGAAAACAAAACUCACAUCCUGCUGAUGGUUGGCUGAGGACUGUCAUGUCCACAUACAAAGAAAAGCAUGUGGCACAGUUUUAGAACAAAGAAUUAUGACUGAUAACCUGAACAGUACAUCAGCUGUUGAAUGAGGAAGAUGAGCGCAUUGGCAAUGGGAUAAGAAUGGACUAAAGUUUAGAGCAGCCCAUGUAAUUCAGUGUGGCUUUUGUUUGUGGUAUCCAGAUACCUGUCUAUACUUGAACAAGAGUCCCUAUCAGAUAUGGUUUGUCGUAUGCGAAGAUGUUUGUUUUAAUCUUCCAAACCCACUCAGCAUGUCAGUGGCAGAGAGAAGUGACAGUCAGUUGCCACCAACUACUUUGGGAAACAUAAGAAGUGUCCUGUGUAUGUAGCCAGCCUCCUCCUAGAAAGAUAGGAGUCUACUUGAGAAGUCUCCCUACCUCUUGCAGUGCCUGUUGGCACAAAGCAAAGUGGUUUCACCUGAAGAGAAGACAAAGCUGAUCCUUAGUUUGCAAAAUCCACCUAACCUUUGCUAAGCAUGAACCUCAUUGCUUUCUCUUUAAUGUUAGUGAAGCUGGAUGUCAAAAUGGUACCAACCAGUAUUUUCUUUGCUCUCUUCUAGAUAUGGUUUUGUGGAGUUUGAUGAUCUGCGUGAUGCAGAUGAUGCUGUUUAUGAACUGAAUGGCAAAGACCUUUGUGGUGAGCGAGUAAUUGUUGAGCAUGCCCGCGGCCCACGGCGAGAUGGCAGUUACGGUUCUGGACGCAGUGGAUAUGGUUAUAGAAGAAGUGGCCGAGAUAAAUAUGGCCCUCCUACUCGCACAGAGUACAGACUUAUUGUGGAGAAUUUGUCAAGUCGGUGCAGCUGGCAAGACCUAAAGGAUUAUAUGCGUCAGGCAGGAGAAGUGACUUAUGCAGAUGCUCACAAGGGACGCAAAAAUGAAGGGGUGAUUGAAUUUGUAUCUUAUUCUGAUAUGAAAAGAGCUUUGGAAAAGUUGGAUGGAACUGAAGUCAAUGGCAGAAAAAUCAGAUUAGUUGAAGACAAGCCAGGUUCCAGACGACGCCGGUCCUACUCCAGAAGCCGGAGUCAUUCAAGGUCUCGCUCUCGAAGCAGACAUUCCCGUAAGAGCAGAAGCCGAAGUGGCAGCAGCAAAAGCAGUCAUUCUAAGAGUAGAUCCCGGUCCAGGUCGGGCUCCCGCUCCCGGAGCAAGAGCCGGAGCCGGAGCCAGAGUCGGAGCCGGAGCAAGAAAGAGAAAAGCAGGAGCCCCAGCAAGGACAAGAGCCGCAGCCGCAGCCGUAGUGCUGGCAAGAGCCGCAGCAAGAGCAAAGACCAAGCUGAAGAGAAGAUCCAAAACAAUGACAAUGCCGGGAAACCCAAGAGCCGGAGUCCUAGCAGGCAUAAAAGUAAGAGCAAAAGUCGGAGCAGGAGUCAGGAGAGGAGAGUAGAGGAAGAGAAGCGAGGGAGUGUGAGCAGAGGCAGAAGCCAGGAGAAGAGCCUCCGCCAGAGUCGGAGCCGGAGCAGGAGCAAAGGGGGCAGCAGGAGCCGGAGCAGGAGCCGCAGCAAGAGCAAGGACAAGAGAAAGGGCAGGAAGAGAAGCAGGGAGGAGAGCCGCAGCCGUAGUCGCAGCCGCAGCAAGAGUGAGAGGAGCAGAAAGCGAGGCAGCAAGCGAGACAGCAAGGCGGGCAGCAGCAAGAAGAAGAAGAAGGAAGACACUGACCGCUCCCAGUCCAGAUCUCCAUCCCGCUCCGUGUCAAAGGAGCGGGAACAUGCCAAGUCUGAAUCCAGCCAGAGGGAAGGUCGAGGAGAGAGUGAGAAUGCUGGCACCAAUCAGGAGACCCGGUCCAGGUCGAGAUCCAAUUCCAAAUCGAAACCAAACGUUCCAUCAGAAUCACGCUCCAGAUCAAAGUCAGCUUCAAAAACCCGAUCUCGGUCCAAGUCUAGAUCCAGGUCUGCUUCCAGAUCACCCUCCCGAUCUAGAUCUAGGUCCCACUCAAGGUCCUAACUGGCUACGGCCACAGCUGGAACUACCCGAGAAGUCUUUUGUACAUGUUUGGUAGCCGUAGCACAAGUGAUUGGAGUAGAACAUGUCACUGCUGUACAUUUUUAACUCCCCUAAUGGUGUGUCUAUAAUUGUUAAAUCUAAGUGCUUCCUCUCAGUAAAGCCUCCUGGCGCCAGGCCUUCCUGCUCGACUGAAAAAAAUUUUCUCUUUGAAAAUCCCCUUUUACUCAUGGCCCACAGUAGAAUAUCCAAAACGCCUUGGCUUUCAGGCCUGGCGUUUCCUACAGGGAGCUCAGUAACCUGGACGGCUCUAAGGCUGGAAUGACCACAUAGGUAGGUAUGGUGAGUUCAACCAUUUUUGCUCUUGAAUUGAUGCCCUUCGAUGUAUGCCAUUUAGUGAAAGUGCUAAGUCUUAAGUUUCCUACCACUUUGGUUUCAUAUUUUUGGACUUAACAAAGUUGUGAAUAGCACAGUCGAGGAAAAUUGAUACCUGCAGUAACCUAUAGGAAAUAAACUGUAGAGUUCCAUAUUCUGGUAUUGUGAUUAUAUUGUUUUAUAUUAAAAAAGAAAAGAAAAGAAUUUUUUUUAAUUUUAUUUUUCCCCGUCUUGCAAAGUAUAGUGACCCCUGUUUCCAUUAAAUUUGAAUAAAGACUAUUUUUGCUUGACAAAA